CGCCAAGGGGCGCUGUUCAUGAUUCAGAUCCAAGUCUUAUGUAUACUUGUACCUUGCAUAAAAGCGGCGCCUGUUUAAAGUUGUAAUUUUUUUCAGUCUUUCAGAGCUGUCAAGACGUAGGCCUAAUAGGUUUUUUGUUGGCUAAAUUAAAAAAAAAUUCCCUCGGAAGAGGGGGUGGUUGAUUUAAUAGCCCUUCCCCUUUGGUCAAAAAGUAGGAGAUGUACACCAAAUUCCCCACGGAAUUUAUGCCCCUGUAUACCCGCCCACUUUUGGGCAAGAGCGUCUUUCAAGUAGCUGGUUUUCAACCGUUCGUUCGUGUCCUAAGUUCAUUAUCGACAGAAGUACAGAUCGAGUAUCGACUAUUAAGAACCAUGAGCAAGUCGCAAGCGUCCCUUAUGGAGGAGGAGCUAAGGGUCCGCGAUAAGCUUAAUUAACAUCCCAUGGCGCAAACUUAAAAUGUAACAUCAAAGUGCAUGGACAUUAUGCACAUUUGGCCAUUCUGCCGAUAAAAUAAAGGCUCAGUACCGAAAGUGGCGAAUCCAACAACUUGAAUCCAUUAUGGCCACGGGAGUUGAAGUGAUUGUAAUUCAGAAGAAAAGUUCUUGAAAUGCCCCCGCCUUUGCAUUGCGGCAGCGUGAAUUUUGAGAGAACACGACUUACUGGUAGUUUGACUUUAAAAUUUGGUUGCAUGGACCUUUCGAAUGGUCUCGUAUAUAUAUCGACUAUUAUCAACUAUAGCCUAUAGGCCUACAUGUAUUUCGAUUGAAUUCCCCACUAUUACUAGCGACGGUGAGCCAGUCUAGUGUCCUUUUUCUCGUUCCUCGCAAGAGGGCGCUUUAGCGGAAUUAGUUUCCUUCACAACAGUCACGCCUUGAUCGGUUGAUCGAAGGAGAAGAGGGGGGGGGGCUUAAUCCCCUGCCCCCCCUAGAAAAAGAACAGCACCUGAGUGCGCAUGUAGCUGUGUGCCAGAAACUCCGAUGGCAAGUGCAAAGAAUAAAUGAGACAGACUUCAAGCUGUAAGACUUCCAAUCCAGCCACUAGCUUUGCACUGCAUACCUGGUCAUUCAGUCCUGACAUGAGCCUAGUGUGCAGGCAGCAGAUACACCCUGAUUGUCUUAAGGCUUGACUGUGUACUUUCUUGCAAUGAGGCAAGCCUUUUCUGCCCAUCUGAGGAGAAUGUCUUCACAUCUAAAGUGGUGUGCCUAAAGAUGUCCUCUUAGACGCAUGUUUCCCAGUGAAACAGUCUUUCUUAAAUUUGGUUGUCACAUGGCUGACUGAGCAGUUUUCAUGGAAAACUGUUUACCUGGGCUGCAAAAAUGGGCUGAACUUGUUGCGUACGUGUAAGUCACUCUACCAUGUCAUCAUCAAGUAGUGGACCUGGUUUGCCUUCAAUUGAUUCUUCUCACUGCACUAGAGCUGCCAGUGAUAAGACCAGAGAGAGGCCAUCCAGAGAUUUACCUGGGGUAGGUUACACCCCUCAGGGGACCUCCACUUCUUUUCAGUCAACCCCUAAGGCCAAAAGGGAUCUUAGACCCAGGCUACCAUCUCAGCAAGUUUCCCGAGGCGAAAACGGUAGGCAUCAUCUGUCCGUCCACAACAGGCCUAGUCGCAGCUUGGCCACAGGUACUGAAAAUGCAGAUCGGUUGAGAAACUGGAAUUCCGAGGGAGGGAGACCCAAGAGGGAGAGGGUGCUCAGCGAGAGGACCAAUUCCAAGAGGCUGUUGCAUCGGUCAUCAAUCAACUCAUCAGGAGAGCUGAUACCUUUUCAGCGAGCUCCCAGAGAUGGCAGCUACGAGUCGCGGCUUCCAGUGGGUAAGAAAGCUACACUACAAAACCCAGCAAGACAAAAUAGUCUCUUUUCCUCGACAGAAAGCGAGCACAGACGGGCAGCUCGUUUACAAGAGAGUCCUGAGAGUGUUGAUGAGCUAAGCAGCAGCUCAGUAGCUGAGAAUGCUGAGAGAAGUCAGAGCCUAUCUCUAGAUGAAACCAAGCACAGUAGCAAAGCAAAAGUGUUAAAGAAAAGCAGUGACAGCCGAAAAGAUGGAAUGAGAGCUCCCAGGCAGCUAAGCACUCAAGGAGUUGGUAAUGGAGUGAGAAAAGCUCAGUCAGAAAAUAAACACAGAAGACAUACCCAAAGUGACAUUACAAGCCAUGGUGUGCCAUCAUUGAGUAAGAAAGAGCAGUCAACAAGUGAUAAUGAGAGUGAAGAAACUGCACAACAUAUUUCCAAUGGCAUGUCAGUCUCUGGAUUUGGAAGUAGUUCAGCGAUAUCUAGUAAUAUUGCGGAAAAUACUCUGGAAGCUAAUGCAAGGCCGGAUUUGCAACAAACAGGGAAUGGGCCCAGUUCUCAGUCAGCAUCCUCCAGCCAGAAUUCAUUUAGGGAACCUCCUAUCCAUAAUGUCUUUGAUGGGUGUGACUUGGCAUCCAGUCAUAGUGCCCGUGCCAUUUCACCAUCUGCAGAAUUUAAAGCUGCAGCUCAACCAGAGAGCUCAGCAGGUAAUGAGCAGUCAUCUGUCACUUCCAGCAUCUCUUCAACAAUUGCAAACACUAAUAAUCGCAGUGCUCUCCAGAGUGAAUCUGAGGCAAAUUUACAGGCUCCCAGUAACAAUGAAUCAGAUGUCAGUGGUGGUGAGCCACUCCUCAGCAGUCAGCAGCCAAAUAGUGUCAUCCGUCGAAGAAUGAACUUGGACGGAACAGCGGAUACUAGUCAAAUUCAACCCAGUCAAGUUUCAACACCCUCAUUUGCAUCAAAUUAUAGACCAAGUCGAAGGAGAGACGAAAUUUCUUCUCACAGUGAUCAGACUUCUUCUGGUCAUCUGACAACUGCAGGGAGCAGCACCCCAGAAGGUCCUGAACUGCCAAAUGAGAGGGGCUCAUCAGCCAGCCAACAGCUGCCUUCUCCAAGAGUCAGCCCUCAUUUAGUUCAUGCUACACAGCCUCCGUCAAGUAGCAACAUGAACUCAACAUCAGCAGUCAAUCCCAGUAGCACCUCACAGCAAGCUAGACACAGUCGCUUCGGCCGGAGGAUAAGAAUGCCAUCCUCCGACUUGGAUGCAGCAGGAGAAAGCACUCACCCAACACACGAUGCAAGUGGCAGUCCUACACCUGCCGUAGAAGAACCAUUUGAAGGAACAAAUCGUCAGAGGUACCGAUUCUUCUCUCUCUCCAGGGGUAGGUCACAGACAAAUCACGAAGUCCAGGCGUCCACACUUACUCCAAAUCGAGACCUCCUGUAUGGCCCUCCUUCACCACCUCUCCUCAGGAGGCACCAUCGAGCCCACUUCGGCCCUGACACAUCCACCUCACGUCAGACUUCUGAAGAGCUUGGAGCAUCAAUAGGCAUCCACAGUAGUUUCAGCUCUUCUGUCGGCAGUGGCGACCUUGCUUUGCAAGAAGAUUCGUUCCGUACUGCAUCAGGCAGCACGGUAGCUUUCUCACCCAUCCUCCACUCUGGGCCUGUCCUUGACAGUUCGAUGCCCCACCAGAGAUGGAGGAUGCGUGAAACAGCAACUACAUCUGGCGUGACAGCUCAUGGAAGGUUAAGCUCAAGUGAAAUCACCUCGCCAAGGCAACUACGUGCAACCUCUUCUCCAGAGACUCAAAAUGGUGGUGCAGGAGUCAACCUGUCUUCGGACUUUGGUCAAGACAACUUCACAUUUUCGGUGGAGGAGGGACGUCUUAGCCGUGACGCCAGGAGAAGGUAUCAAAAUGAUCGCAGUGAUGCAAUCCCACGCUUGCUCCCGCAGAGGAGCCACCAACCUAGCAGAGAGCUAUCAAGAGGAGCAGAGGUCAUGGAGGAUGUGUUUGGGUCAUCACAGGAUCGCAACCCCCCGAGCAGUGACGAUUCCCCCUUGAGAGAUCCCACCUUGGAGCUCCAGAUCCCCCUGCUCAGCUCACCUCUAUUCUCACCCUUGGGCAUUGCUCCUGGAAUGCUCCUCAGUCUCCUCAUCAGGACACGGCGGGAGUUCGGACAAGAGUUCAUGGAACUACUCCUCGAGAACAUGAUGCUGAAUGUCUUGGCACACCACCUGUUUGAGAAUGAGAGAGGAGGAAAUGAGGAUGGUAUCAAUGGGGCCCCACCUCCGGCGACACAGGAGGUCAUCGACAACCUAAAAGAGAUUCCUGCUCUAGAAUCCCACAUAGAGAAGGAGAUGAAAUGUGCCAUAUGUCACAGUGAAUACGAGCUGUACGAGACUCUCGCAGAGUUGCCCUGUGAACAUUUCUUCCAUCCUACCUGUGUGGCUGUCUGGCUCAAAAAGUCUGGCACUUGCCCCGUCUGCCGUUUCCUGUUGCCAUCUCCUUCCAAGUGAUUGUGACAGGUACCAUACCUUUUGUUUCUUCAUAGCAGUGUGCAGGUUCGAAGAAUGUCUGGAGGAAACUGGCUUCCCCAGCCCCUUCGCUCAGACAAGUUUCUGUCAUUGUUGAAAUGAUGAGAAUGGUUGGUUUGAAUCGAAAAGUUGUAGAAGUGUCAAAAAUUUAAAAAGAUACAUGUACUCAUGCUUCCUGUUUUUCUGCCUACUCUGUUUUGACAUCACAACCCGACAGUUGUUCCCAGGGGAAAGUUUUAGAACAUCUUCAAGUUGGGAAUAAAGAUAGGAAAGAAAUACUUCAGGUUGAAUGUGGUAUGUGCACAUAAAGGUCUAACGGACUCAUUUAUGCACACAACUUGUAUCCCAACAUUGUUCAUUUCAUUUUUAUAGACAAAUAGUACCCGACCUCUCUUGCAAUAAAGUGACCAAAAAAACAUUUCUGUCCUAUCUUCAGUGCACCAUAUUUUCAGAUGUCGUGCAAUGGGAAGCAGAACUAUUUGGGAGCGUAGGUAUCACUAUGAGGUGGUCUUGAAGUGUGGGAUUUUGUACAGAACAGGCAAAGGCCUGUGAAUAUUUUUCCAAACAGUUAUCAUUCGUCCAAAUUUUAAAUAAGCCUGAAAUAUAUUACUCAAUAGAUAAUGCGGUAUAGAGAAUGACAUUUUUAUUGUGAGAUCUGUUUUGUUUUCACUUGUUUCCGAAUAGCACAAAGUGUGUGACUUCGGUCAGUCACGGUAUGCAGGAGAACGUAUUUUAUUAUAUGUAUAAAUAGUCUGGUGUCCUAUUUUUGCAGCUGUGUGUUUGGAGUCGUUCGUGCAGGUUUGGCAGUCAUAAGGAAGGGUUGUUCAGCAGUUGUUCAUGGGUUGUUUUGGGGCAUCCGAUUUUGCCGAAUUAUCCCCAGAAACCCACCGACAGUAGAAUGUCAUGACUGCCAAAAUGCACUUUUGUUUAGCCUCACUUAUACAGAGUCUCACUUAUACAGAGUAACAUAUUUUUAGCCCGUGAACUUCCGCACAUUUUCUACGUUGUACGUCGCUAGGUAUAUUUUUUCACUGAAAGUGUGUGAUGUAAAUGUGUGUGACAAUAACAAUACCGCCAUUUCACAAUAGUGCGCCACCAAGAGUUUGCAACGCGUUGGCCAAUCACAAUGCGCAAAAUUUGUCGACGCA